CAAAAAAGGUCACAGUGCAGUGAAACAACGCCUACUAUCUGCAGCUCUAGAUCACCCCCUAGCGGACACUCCAAGUCAUUUUUUCAGGCAGUUAUUCAAUACGAAGAGCAACACAUCGUUGUGUAAAUCAUAUCGAUUUUAACUCUUCUUUGUAUUUAUUUAUUUUUAAUGAUUCCAAUUUAAUUAACAUUAUAUUUUAAUGAUCAUAUUGAUCUUUAAACCACUACAGAGACACGAUGCUUUCAUCUGCAGUUACACACGAGAGGAUUAUCAGUGCAGCGACACAACAGGACAACUCCUGAUCCUCUCAAUGCCUGAGCUGUUCUCAUCAGAGCAGUCACACAUGGGGAAUAUAACACAAGCUGCGCUAGACUUCAUGAAGAAAGAUUAGAGUAUAUAGAUUAGAGUAUAUAUGCGAAAGCAGUCAUUUUAUUUUCUACAAAUCUACAUUGAGCUCUGUGACACUGAUUUGACCAAACUGUACACAUAUUAGUAUUAUAAUACACUCUCUAGUACAGCAGGUGGCGGUAUUCAGCUUUACGCUGCUUUCUAUAACUCGCCACACAAGAAGAAGAAGAAGAGGAGGAGGCGGCGGAGGAUGUCCGGUUUACUCGUGAUGAGCUUCUGGAUUUGAGUGUCUCAGCUGCUGAUCUAUUCCUGCAUUCAGCUGAAUUAUGAAGGCUGAUCAAUGACUGGAGAUCUGUGAUUGUUCAUCAGUUUCUGCUGGAGAUCAAACUCUUCAGGUCCAUCAUGGGUAACACACACACUGCUGGAGAUCAGGAUUUGUCUACAGGAUGCAGCUCAGUUCAUCAGAAGAGAGCAGAAGCAGAGCCCAGCUGUGUGUCUAUGAAGAGUGACGCGUCUAUGGCUCUACCAAUAAAGUUUAGGAGUAAAAACACACAACCUGCUGUCAGUGUUGAAUAUGAGUCUGCAGAUUCAGGAGACGAGACUCACAGGAGACACAAGAGUUUCACAGACAAUCUCCAGUCCAUCUUCCAGAAUCUUGAGAGCAAAAUGAUCAGAUUCCUGAAGAAUGAACUGGGAAACUUUAAGAAAAUCUUACAGGAAGAAAACAGUCAAGAGUUUGUAAAGGAGUUUACUGAGAACAGAAGCAUUAUCACAGAAGCAGCUCUUGAUCUCACACUCUUCUUCCUGAGAGAGAUGAAGCAAGAUCAAGCUGCUGAUAUUCUUGAAGGCGAGCUGUUCUUUAUUAAUCAGCUUAAAUGUAGCCUGAAGAAGAAAUAUCAACGUGUGUUUGAAGGAAUUGCUCAGCAAGGAGACUCCACACUUCUGAAUAACAUCUACACAGAUCUCUACAUCACUCAGGGUGCGAGUGAACAGGUCAACACUGAACAUGAGAUCAGACAGAUUGAAGCUGCUUCCAGACGUCAUCAGUCACUAGAGAUACAGGUUGAAUGCAAACAUUUGUUUGAAGCAGCUGAACAAGACGAGCGGAUCAGAACUGUCCUGACAAAAGGAGUUGCUGGCAUCGGGAAAUCAGUCUCUGUGCAAAAGUUUGUUCUGGAUUGGGCUGAAGGGAAAGAAAAUCAAGACAUCAGCUUCAUAUUUCCUCUUCCAUUCAGAGAGAUGAACUUAAAGGAGAAAGAAAGACAAAGUUUAAAAGACCUCAUAACUCAGUUUUUCCCAGAGACUAAAGGACUGAACCUUACAAGAAGCACACGAUUCAAAGUCCUGUUCAUCCUUGAUGGAUUGGAUGAAUGUCGUCUUCCUCUGAACUUUGCUGGUAAUGAGACGUGUGGUGAUGUAUCUUCAGCAGUCUCUCUGGAUGUUCUCCUGACGAACCUCAUCAAGGGAAAUCUGCUUCCUUCUGCUCUCAUCUGGAUCACCAGCAGACCAGCAGCUGCCAGUAAGAUUCCUGCUGACUGUAUCGACCGGCUGACAGAGAUACGAGGAUUCAAUGAUGCCCAAAAGGAGGAGUACUUCAGAAAGAGACUCACAGAUCAGAAUCAGGCCAGAGAAAUCAUUGAUCACAUUAAACAGUCAAAGAGUCUCUUUAUUAUGUGCCACAUCCCAGUCUUCUGCUGGAUUUCAGCCACUGUUCUCCAGAACAUACUGAAACUGAAACACAGGGCUCAUGCUGAAACACUGCAGGAAUCUCCCAAGACUCUGACACAGAUGUACACACACUUUCUCCGCUUUCAGAUGCAGCAGAGCAAAAGAAAGUAUGAUGGAGAAAACACAGCAGAUGUCUCCUGGGAUCCAAAGCUCAUCCUUUCACUGGGGAAACUGGCCUUCCAGCAGCUGGACAGAAACAAUGUGAUCUUCUAUGAGAGCGAUCUGAAAGACUGUGGCAUUGACGUCUAUAAGGCAUCGGUGUACUCAGGCAUGUGUACCCAGAUCUUUAAGGAGGAGACGGGAAUUAUUCUUGGUACCAUGUACUGCUUUCUUCACUUGAGCAUUCAGGAGUUCAUUGCAGCCCUUUAUCAACAUCUGAUUCUAGACAGCGACAAGAAGCAUGGAUUGUUUUUACAGAUAAGCAAAAAUAAAGGCGUGACCGAUUUCCUGAAGACAGCAGUAGACAAGGCUCUGGAAAGUGAGAAUGGACAUCUGGACCUUUACCUUCGCUUCCUUCUCGGUCUGUCACUCCAGUCCAAUCGACAACUCUUACGAGGCCUGUUGACACAGCAGGAUGACAGAGACCAGAGCAAAAAGAAAAUAAUUGCCUACAUCAAGCAGAAACUUAAAGGAAAUCUGUCUCCAGAGAGAUCCAUCAAUCUGUUCUACUGUCUGAAUGAACUGAACGAUCAAACUCUGCUGAAAGAGAUUCAGUCUCACCUCAAUAGUGGAAGUCUGUCAUCUGCUCGCCUUUCACCUGCCCAGUGGUCUGCUCUGGUCUUUGUGUUGUUGACCUCAGAGGAGGAGCUGGAGGAGUUUGAGCUUCACAAAUUCCAGAGAUCAGACGAGUGUCUCAUCAGACUAUCAGCAGUCAUCAAAACCUCCAAAAGAGCCUUGUAAGUCCUUAUUUCUUUCAUCUAAGAAAUAGACAUUAG